AUGGAACACAAAUUGGCCGCCGGUCUCGAGCACAUUCGUUCGUCCAUCGAAAUCGUGCAAAAUGCAGACUUUGGUCUUGGACAAAUGGCAAGGACGUGUAUAUCACGCAGGUCUCCACGAUCAUCCAGAAGCAUUCGACUUCCCUGCCGUGUCAACACGCACAUCACUGCCAUUAUGUCUGCCCCUUCGCCGUACCAACAGAUCAUCUGCAACGCCGAGUUCCUGGUCAAGGCUGGAUUUUCUCGACCCGCUGCAGAAGAAAUGUUCACCAAGUGGCAAUUUCUCCGUGAGAAAUAUCCCGAGUUCUGUCCAGGACUCGAAAUGCAUGCCAUCGAGUGUCUUGAUGAUCAAUUCGGACAGUGGGGAUCUCAUCGCUCUGCCGACGCUUGUGGUCCCAACGACGAUUAUGGCGCAGCGUGGUUGGCAAUGGGAGUCGAACCAAGCCUCCUGCCGAGACUCCUCGCCGAGGAGCAUCGACCUAUCCGACUGUUGACUUCGGCAUCAGACGCGCUUCGAGAGUCAAUCAGAGCCACGCAUGACCACAUGUGGGGUUUGUCGACUUUUGAGAGAGAGGCCGCAAAACGCCAGCAUCAAGCCCAAAUACAGACUGAAGUCGAUCUGCCCGCCGCAAAGAAAGGACACACAAUGCUUUACAAAGCCGGCACGGUCUUCAACUUGGAGGAGGUCUGGUCCGGUAACGAGACAAUGCCGCUCAGUCUCGGUAUGCUCGCGGACAAGCCACCCACCGACUUCGAUAGGCUCCGCUACGGAAUGGUCCCUACGCUCGCUCAGCUCGAAAUCGCGGAGCUACAGUGCUCCUACAAGGCCUCCUUCGCGCGACACGUCCCCUUUGGAAUCGUACACAUCGCUGUACCCGACCAUCUUCUCACACAGCAAAGCAACUUCCUCCAUAUCGAUGACCCGGCGCACCGGCAGAAAAUGGUAUGGCAAUGCCGUGGUCCGUGGAAAAAGCCACCCUCGCUCUGGGAGGGUCUCUCGGAAGAUGUGGCCCACUAUACCAACCGCGAACAAGUCGGAGUGGCGGGCAGCAUCUGCGCACAGUCCACGGAACUGCUCAACCAAUUGAGCAAUGAGACGCAGGUACGGCCUCUGAAGCUGGCGAACGGCGAAGAGGCGAAGCAAUACGUUGCCCUGCCUGCUUCCUACAAUGAUCUGAACGAUGAGUGUGAAGGAUUGGUGUGGCUGGAGGAGCGGAGGCUGACAGAGGAUGGGAUCAGAUUGAUGCCGUCGAGUGGCAAAGCCAUGACAAGAGCGAUGAGGCAGUAA